AUGGAGAGCCAGCGGCUGUCCUCCUACGGCCGCCGCUUCGGCCCUGCCACCCCAGUGUACCGGGUGCUCCCCGCCAGCCCCCCAGCCCGGCUCCGGGCUCCCCGCAGCACCCAGCCAGGUCCCCGUGUGGGUGCCCGCCUGGGGUCGGGCAAGAUGGACUUCUCACUGGCUGCGGCGCUCAACUCAGAGUUCAGGGAGACGCGCACCAAUGAGAAGGUGGAGAUGAUGGAGCUCAACGACCGCUUCGCCAGCUACAUCGAGAAGGUCCGGCUCCUGGAGCAGCAGAACAAGGUGCUGGUAGUGGAGCUGAACCAGGUACGGGACCAGGAGCCCUCGCGUCUGGCUGAUGUGUACCAGGAGGAGCUGCGUGACCUGCGGCGCCACGUGGAGCAGUUGGCUACAGCCAAGGCCCGUCUGGAGAUCGAGAGGGACAACCUCACUGAGGACCUUGGCAGUCUCCAGCAGAAGCUGCAGGACGAGGUCACCCUGCGGCUGGAGGCCGAGAGCAACCUGGCUGCCUACAGGCAGGACGUGGAUGCCGCUGCCUUGGCUCGCCUGGACCUGGAGCGGCGGGUGGGGACCCUGCAGGAUGAGAUCGCCUUCCUCCGCAAGGUCCAUGAGGAGGAGCUGCGGGAGCUGCAGGAGCAGCUUGCCCGGCAGCGGGUGCACAUUGAGGUGGACACGAGUAAGCCGGACCUGACGGCCGCCUUGCGCGACAUCCGCAGCCAGUACGAGGCCAUGGCCGCCAGCAACGUCCAGGAGACCGAGGAGUGGUACAAGUCCAAGUUUGCAGACCUGACAGAUGCGGCCGCCCGGCACGCGGAGGCCCUGCGCGCAGCCAAGCAGGAGGCCAAUGAGUACCGGCGCCAGCUCCAGGCCCUCACCUGUGACCUGGAGGCUCUGCGGGGUUCGAACGAGUCCCUGGAGAGGCAGCUGCGGGAGCUGGAGGAGCGCUACGCCCUGGAGACGGCCGGCUACCAGGACACGGUGGUACGGCUGGAGGAGGACAUCCGCAGCCUCAAGGAGGAGAUGGCCCGGCACCUGCAGGAGUACCAGGAUCUGCUCAACGUCAAGCUGGCCCUCGACAUUGAGAUUGCCACAUACCGCAAGCUGCUGGAGGGCGAGGAAAGCAGGAUCACUAUCCCUGUGCAGAGCUUCUCCAACCUGCAGAUCCGAGAGACCAGCCUGGAUGCUAAAUCUGUGUCAGAAGCCCAUCUGAAGAGGAGCAUCGUGGUCAAAACUGUGGAGACCAGAGAUGGAGAGGUGAUCAAGGAGUCCAAGCAGGAGCACAAGGAGGUGGCAUAG